GCUGGCGGAGCUGAACAGGGGGGAGACGUUGGCGGGCGUGGUCGCCCACAAGUCGAGGGCCGGGGCCUUUAUCGACCUCGGCUGCGAGAGGGCGGCGUCGGUGCUCGCUCCGCUGAUGGCGCAGCUCCUGGAGCUCGAGACCGGGCAGGCCGUGAAUGCUACCGUGGAGGAGGUGGACGCAGGAGAGCCGGCACCCUCCGCGUGUCCGUCGAGGGGCUGCCUAGGCCGAGGCUGCUCGGGGAGUUCCAGGAGGGCGACCUGGUCGACGGCCGAGUCGCCUUCCGAGGGAAGGCCGGCGUCUCUAUCGACAUCGGCUGCGCACAGAAGGCGAAGCUGCUGGGGCCCAGCAGUGAGGUGUCGAAGCUCGCGCUGGCAGAGGUGGUUAAGGGCCUGAGGAUAGAGAAGGUGGACGUCGAGACGAAGGAGGUGCACGUUUCCUUCCCGGGCUUGUCUGACCUCGUCGCCGGCAGGCCCGAGAAAAGGUGCAGGGACCUGAGGGUGGGCGAGGUGGUUCACGGCAGGGUCGCCGUCAGCACGCCCGUGGCCCACGGCAGCGCCCAGGGCCAGGCUCUGGUGGACAUCGGUUGCGAGCAGCCCGCCCUGCUCGUGGGGCCCAGGGCGGAGGUGGAGAAGCUCCUGCCCUCCGAGGAGAGCUCCGGGGCCUGACGGUCGAGAGCGUGGACGGCGAGCUGGCGCAGGUCCGCGUCGCUUUCGCCGCCCUGGCCGACCUCGUGGCCGGGCGGAUGGCCGCGCCGCCGCAGCCCCAGCGGCAGCUGGCGGACCUGACCCGUUCGGUGGCCUCGUCGAGGGGCAAGUCGUGGUCGGCACCGUGCGGAGCAAGACCGGCAACCGGCGCGUGUUCGUCGAUGUAGGC